UCGUCGAAGACCAGUGCGCAUGCGCUCUGCUGACACUCCGGUAAUCCGCUGGAGGAGAUUGCAUCCUCGUUCACUGCGCUCACAGGCUAGCAGUGAGGGAGAGGAGGCAAAAAAAAAAAGAAAAAAAAAAAAAAGAGAUGAACUCGGGGACAUGUUUAACAGAAGACCGGSUGGUUGAGGCUGUAUAACGGGACCAUAACGGACCGAGAAGUUCUGGCAUAUUAUGGGAUGGAGCSGUGUUAAAACUGUGAGGCGACAGAGCCAGCAGCCGGACCGGAUCGAAGGAUUUKAUCCGGAUGAAACGGACAACAGAGCGCUUUGAAAUAUGAGGAUGAACGCAGAAAGAAACGGAGCCGGCGAAUGAAUUUGCGAAUAAGUGUUUCUUGAACGGAACCUUUUUUUUUUUUUUUUAAUCUCCGGAUAUCACCUCCUGAGCAACACACUCCCUGGCCUUUGGACCGCUGUGCGGACACGAGCGCACAGCACAUUAUUUAAACAAAUACCGGUUGCACUGCUGCUAAUAGGCUCAAUUAAAAUCAAAGCGCGAGCGUUAUUUGGGAUUAUUUAUCAAGCAACAUUUUUCUAAGGUGGUAAACUGGCCCUGGAGAGGCUGAUUUCAUAAUCACCCAUUAUCUAAACCAGAUCAAAAACAAUGUUUUACAUCUUUCCUCGUUAUUUUUUUUUUAUGUUUUCCUAAACAAACUCCUGAUGGAAAUAUAUGCCUUGAAGUUUCUCCUCCCUGACAGUUUGGCUGCAGUGACACAUGCCUCCCUCAGCUGCUCCGCCUGCAGAGACCUGUCAUGACAGGCAGUCCGCAUAAAUCCAAGUUAAUAAACUGGACUGGUGGGCUUUUGGCRGUGGGAUCAGACAGAAAUUAAGCUGUGGAUCUCAGACAGCGAGGAUCAUCUCCCUGUUCUUGUUCUGGCAGAGCACAGCAGCAUGACACACAGCAGUCCUGCUUGGAGGAUUUUAGUCCUCCUCCCCUCCCAAAAAAAAAAGCAGAGUUUUAAACAUCUUCAUCUUGUUGAAGCUGUAAAGUAAUUUAUGUGCAUACCCGAGUCUCUUUUUGUGUGUGUAGUUCUCUACACCAGAAAUGAUCUAAUGUUAAGCAAGCCUCCACCUAAUCAAACAUGAAGUGUUUCCCUGUGGGGGAAAUGCAGCUGAGGUGUUUUACUGUAAACCUCCACAGCUGUUAGUCAGACCGCAUGUCUGAAAGAGGACACUUGRAGAUUUGCAUGCUUGUAGUUUUGCCAAAACCCCUCCCUUGAAACGCAAUGCGUUGCAUCUCUCCAGUGCCCGUGUUGUAAAUAACUCUUAGUUGUGUGUGUGUUGUGUGUGUGGCAAGAUCUGUAUAAGUGUUAAUUUAGCGUUCAGCAUCCAUUCAACAAUGGAUUGAAGGCAUAAAGUUAGAACAGAAAACUGUGAACCCAAACUUCUGAUCUUCUGAGCAUGUGCAAAAAGAGAGAGACAUGGGCCGAUGUGAGGAAAUACAAGUGGCUUUGCUGCCAAAUGUUGCAAGCAUAAAGUACAAGAAGAGAGAGAGCUACACAAUUUUGCUUUAAAGGAAUUACAUUUGUACUCCUCUGAAACCAGCUGCUGCGUUAGGAUCAGUGCUCUUUGCUCCAGCACUAUGGGAUACACAUGUUUUUAUCAUCCCUGAUCCCCCUGGAAAUCUUUACUUUUUGUUCUCCGUCGCAACUCUGGAUCCCUGGUCAGCUUUGUGUUGCAGGGAUCCCAAAUCCACUCCGUUCACGUCUCAGAGAGCGUACAGGGACUACUUUCUUGUCACGUGGCGAUGGGGAGUUCAGCCUCGUCUCUCGCUGCCGAGACCGAGUCGGACCAUGGCUUCGGCAGCACCCCCUACUCAUCGUCGCCACCCACAGUGGGGUGGCUCAGAAACAGCCACAGCAGUCCGGUGUGGGGCACCACCUUCAUCCCACGGCAGCAGCAGCACCCACUGCCUCAUCGAGAGCGCAGCCACUCUCACUCCCCUGGGUCCAUGGCAGCGGCAGUGCGAAGCAGCGAGUGGUCAUGUGGACGCUGUACCUUCUUAAACACAGGCGCAGCACCUCGCUGCUCCAUCUGCGAGGCCCCGCGACAGAAACCAGAUCUUAACCAGAUCCUGCGGCUGAGCAGCACCGAGGAACACCGCUGGGCUUGUCCACGCUGUACGCUCAACAAUCCACAGGGAUCCGGGGCCUGCUCUAUCUGUGGUUUUGGUCCAUCCUCUGCCACCCACACAUCCCCUACCAAUACCAUAGCUGUCACUGUCAAUGGCCUCCCACCUGCUGCGAAUGAACCCCUAACACCUACUGCCCCCCCUGCUGUUGUGCUUGAGCCCAACGGACAGAUUCCAGGUAAAGAGGAAGCGUUACGACGGUCUGAGAGCAAUGGAGAGGUUGCUGGACUAGAGGGGCAGAGCUCGGGCUGGGCUUGUUCCCGGUGCACACUCCACAACACCCCGGUGGCAAUGUCGUGCUCAGCUUGUGGUGGACCCAGAAAACUUUCUUUACCCAAAAUCCCCCCAGAGGCACUUGUCGUGCCUGAGGUGCGUACACCUGUCGUAGGGUUUCCUGUUCCCACAGCUGGACCAGCACCGCUACUCAUCGAUCUAACAGAUGACUCGAACACCACCCCUCCGUGUGAUCCUCAAGAAUCUCCCAAUGUGUCUUCACAGGCCGUCUCAACACUUUUUGCUUCUUUCCCCUCCCUCCAGAAUAACCCCGUGCCCCGCAGUAGACGAGAGGUACCCCCUCCCGGGCGCCCUCAAAACCCUGGAACCAACACUCCCAGCCCCACCUCCCCUUCCACAGCCAUUGUACCACCACAGCCAGGCACACAGCGACCACCCAAGCCCAAGCACGCACAACCCCAGGAACCCUCGUACCCCAGCAAGCGCCUCAGCAUAUUGGAAGAAGAAGACACACCGCACCAUCCAGUGAGUCCACACRUUGCUUCUUCCUCUGCCCCCACCUGGAAGUGCCCAAGUUGCUCCUUGCCCAACCCUAAUGGCUCAUCAAAGUGUGAGGCCUGUAGAUCAUCACGAGUUGGUGCAGACCUCAUUGACCUGGUAGGCAGCGAAACGGUACGAUUUACUCCAGCAAGCCCUUCUAGUCCAGACUUUAGCACCUGGGCCUGCUCUAAGUGUACCUUGCGCAACCCUACAGGUGCACAAAAGUGCUCAGCUUGUGGUUCUUCCAAACUGCAUGGCUUCCAGGAGCAGCAGCCCUCAUUGCCCCGCUGCUGUACACACUGUGGCCUCACAACAGGGUCUAGCACCACACCGUGCUCUUGCGCACCUUCCUCCUCAGGUCAUAAAACACGAAAACAGGCCAGAGGCUUUCCUCCCUCCUCAUCUGCUGUUGCUUCCUCGGUUUCCUCUUCCUCCUCCACCUCGUCUAACUUUCAGGAGAAGGUGGGACAGUGGAGCUGCCCGGCAUGCACACUUCUCAACGACAUCAAGGCCAAGAACUGUGCAGCAUGCCACACACCCCAGCAGUACCUCACCCUUCGCAAGGUGGUUAAGCCCCUAAAAAGGAGGGAGAGCAUGCACGUGGAGGCCAGGCGACGAAACGAUGAGGGUGAAGCUAAGGAGCUCUGGGAGAACAUUGUUAGCUUCUGCAGAGAGAACUCUGUGAACUUUGUGGAUGACAGUUUCCCCCCAGGACCUCAUUCCGUGGGCUUCCCCGAGGGGGACAGCGUCCAGCAGCGAAUCAAAAAGUGGCUGCGCCCCCACGAGAUCAACUGCAGCAACUUCAAAGAUCGAGGUGUCAAAUGGUCCGUCUUCCGCACGCCGAGACCCUCCGACAUCCUCCAAGGACUCCUUGGAAACUGCUGGUUCCUGAGUGCACUGGCAGUGUUGGCGGAGCGGCCAGAGCUGGUGGAAAGAGUUAUGAUCACCAGGACCAUUUGUCCUGAGGGGGCCUACCAGGUUCGGCUGUGUAAAGAUGGAACAUGGACAACAGUGCUGGUGGAUGACAUGUUGCCCUGUGACGACUACGGCUACCUCCUCUUUUCACAGGCUCAAAGGAAGCAGCUGUGGGUGGCUUUGAUUGAGAAGGCCCUGGCCAAACUCCACGGCUCCUACUUUGCCCUGCAGGCGGGGCGUGCCAUCGAGGGCCUCGCCACACUGACCGGGGCUCCCUGCGACUCCCUCAUGCUCCAGGUCAGCUCCACCAACCCCCGAGAGGAACCCAUCGACACAGACCUCAUCUGGGCCAAGAUGCUCAGCUCCAAGGAGGCUGGGUUUCUGAUGGGAGCCUCAUGUGGAGGAGGCAACAUGAAGGUAGACGAUGCCGUUUAUGAAUCUUUGGGUCUAAGGCCUCGGCACGCUUAUUCCAUCUUAGAUGUUCGAGAUGUCCAGGGUUACAGGUUGCUGCGGCUGCGUAACCCCUGGGGUCGCUUCUCCUGGAACGGCAACUGGUCUGACGACUGGACGGACUGGCCGCAGCACCUCCGUCAUGAGUUGAUGGCUCACGGCAGCAGCGAGGGAGUCUUCUGGAUGGAGUACACCGACUUUAUAAAGUACUUUGACUCCGUAGACAUCUGUAAGAUCCACUCAGACUGGCAGGAAGUCAGGCUACAAGGCUGCUUCCCCAGCAAAGCCAGUGGACCCAUCACGGUCACAGCUCUCACUGUGCUGGAGAGGACGGCUCUCGAGUUUGCCCUCUUCCAGGAAGGAAGCAGGCGCUCCGACACAGCCGACAGCCACCUGCUGGACCUGUGCAUCAUGGUGUUCCGCGCCUCCUUCGGCAGCGGCAACAAGCUGACUCUGGGACGCCUGCUGGCUCACAGCAAGCGAGCGGUGAAGAAAUUUGUCGGCUGCGAUGUCAUGCUGGAGCCGGGGGAGUACGCCGUCGUCUGCUGCGCCUUCAAUCACUGGCAGAUGAACGUCAGCUUGGCGGGAGGUCCGCCCACGCCCAUCUCGAGCCCCACCGGCGGAGCGGCCCGUCGGCCCAGCCAGGACUGCCCCGGUUACAUCCUGGCCAUUUACAGCUCGCGGCAGGUGAUGGUGGAGCAGGUGGACGCCACGCCCACCACGCUGGCGGACGCCAUCAUCCUGCUCACUGAAAACAAAGGAGAAAGACACGAGGGCCGCGAGGGCAUGACCUGCUACUACCUGACCCACGGCUGGGCGGGGCUCAUCGUGGUGGUGGAGAACCGCCACCCCAAGUACUACCUCCACGUUUCCUGUGACUGCACUGACAGCUUCAACGUGGUGUCCACGCGCGGCAGCCUCAAGACCAUCGACAGCGUCCCGCCUCUACACAGGCAGGUGCUGGUGGUCCUCUCUCAGCUGGAGGGAAAUGCUGGUUUCUCCAUCACCCACCGUCUGGCUCACCGGAAGGCAGCCCAGGCUUCCCUGGGGGACUGGACUCCAACCAAGGCCACCCACAGCCCCCAGCUCACCCCGGACAUUGAUGGCCUGCACCGUCCCCGGCCGCUAUGACCCCCGCCUCACUUUAUCCCCCAACCUGUAGAUCCUAAUCCAAUUUACUGUCUGAGCACUGAAAAGUAAGGCAAAGGUGGAGACAUUCUUGCCUGGAGCCCUCAAAAAAAAAAAAAAGACGUAGAGGAAGAUGUGUUUUGUGUGUCUUUUUUUAAAUGUAAACAUGAAGGUAAAAUCUACACAGGCAGCAUUUAUUCUCACUCAUUUUAAUGCUCCAUAAACAAAGCAGUUUCUCAUCAUCUGCCAAGUGGAUGUGCCAUGUCCGGACGGAACGAGGGAUCCGUUUUUUCCUCGUCACUUCUGAGGAUCCAGUUCAAACUUGGCUGUACAUGUAAUAGACAUCAGCCCUUGGUGAGCUUCACAAACCGCUGAGCCAUCUGACCACGAGCCGGUCACUUCCUCUACAUAUCGUCCACUUUACAGAACAGGACACUCGGGAGUCCUCUGAAUGGUACAUCAGGAGCGAAACCCCUCAAACGUUCCUCAUCGUGUUCUAGGUUUCCUUUUCUUACCCGGUCUUACAUGUUGAUGCCUGAUCCUUGUUGUCUUAUCUGUAUUUGUGAGGUUGUAGACAAAGCCAUUAUCCACACAGUGCUGUCUAACUCAGGACCAACUCUUGUUUUGUACAUUAACCCACAUGUCAUGGCUGGUGCCCAGGAUGCUGCAUUUAUCCUCUGUCUUUUGUUUGUCUCUGCUGUUAGUGGUGGAAGCGCCGCGGUUUGUGGUUUUGGUGAUGGGAUGAGUCUCAGCACUGACUUCUGACAGAUCUUCAAAAGUCAGCGUAUGUCUUUAUUGGGCACCUUGGCUGCAUUUAGCAUUCUAGGUCUGUCACGGCCCGAGAYGAAGGUCAGUAUCCAAUUUUCCACACUCGCACUGUUUGUCAGUUUUAAGCGUUAGCGCGGUUGGUGAGCACUAAAGGGACUGAAAUUGCCACAGGGGGGCUCUUAAAAGGAGCUGCUGAAUUURCAUCUGGAGAUAAGGGACUACUUUAGUUUGCUCAUGAGGAAGCCCAAGCGUCCACGCCGCCUCACCGCCCCUCCACAGGAACACAAUAACAGCAACAACAAAAAGCUUSUUUUAUGAAAUCACAAAUCAGCGUUUGGUCGGGUGCUGGUGGGCGCGCGAGACCAGAGACCAUCUUACGACUUCACCAGUCGUCUGUUUUAAAGUCCAGCUGUUUUCUGUAGGUCAUUGUUCAGGUCAGAGUGUCAGUUCUUCAGAUCAAAGCCAUUACUCCUGACGCUUCAGUCCUCACCUCACUGUGGCAGCACAAUGCUUCCCAGAGAGAAGAAGAUUAGUGUGGUACUAAAGGACAAAGUGGGCGACUUUCAAUUAAAAGUUGUGAGUUGUGGGAACACUUGAAAGCCGAUGCACUCGUACACUUACUGAUUGAGUAGAAGUUUAGGGUCUCUGGUGGAUUGCGACACUGGCGUCGGUCUUAUUCUGCAUGUUUACGCGGAACGCAGGCGUGUUCUUUAUGUCCUCUCCAGAACAGCUUGAGGGCCGUUCCGUCCGUUGGAAAGUCUCCUGAAUGAAAUCUGACGYGGAGGUUCCAGUACGUAUGUUCUCCACAGAAACCUCCUGCGUAAUGACCACUUUCAGAUGUCUGGUUGUUGGGCGUGGGAGUGAGCGCGUAGUCGCAGCCGUGUUGCUGUGAAUUUAUUUAUUUGAUUUCUUUUAAGGCCUGUUUUUUUUUUUUAAUUGAAUGCUGGUAAUUAACCGGGCUCAGAAAUGAUGGGUAAAGGAAUGUGAUGAAGUUUGGCUUUUCUAGUUUGAGCCCAGGUGGAUUAAGCUUGACUAGAAAUGAUUCUGCACUGAGACGUCUGCAGAGACGAGGCACCUCUAAAUGAACUGUCACCGCUGGGAUCACUUUACAUUUAUAUGAGAUUCUUUUUUUUGUUUGUUUAUUUGUUUGUUUGUUCUUGUUGCUGAUUUGUACUGCUCUCUUUGUCCAUCAUUGUCGUGGUGGGGUUGGGGGGUGGGGGCUCUUGCUGGUGUCCUUGAGCUGUGUUGGCGGUUUCUUUGCUGUCAGGGCGCCCCCUGCUGCUGAGAGAAGAAACAGUCAGUGCAGCCAACAUGAUGCCUUUUAUUUUUCCUCUCCUCUCCUUUUUUUGUCCUCUUCCCUUGUAAAUUGUACAAACUGCAAACCUACAUGAGAAAAUAUUUUAAAAUAAAAGAAAGGAGAGGUGCGGGAAAAUUACGUGAAUCUUUUAAACUUGUUUUUAAAAGAAAUGAAAUAAAAGUAUGAUAGACAAAUAAAAUCAGAAAUCUUAUGCUAAAUGAAAAAAACUGAUGAAUGUGAUUCUAUAUUUUAUUGAURUUUUUUGGGGGGGAGAUGGGCGGUCAGGUGUACAAAUAUGUAUGUUUAGUUUUAAAUCUCAGGUUCCAAUGGACCAAAUAAAUUUUUUUUAAUUAAAAGUUU